AUGAAGGAAGAUAGUGAUCCAUUAUUGCUUUUAAAGGAUUUUGAAUUUGAUGAUCUGUUUGAAGAAGCUUACGAUAAGUGUUCUGAAAUAAUCUCUAAAGUGCCUCUAUUAAGGCUUGAUGCUUCUGUAUCUACACCAGUCGUACUGCUACUAUACAGACAUAAGGCUCAUUUCAGAUAUAUUGGUAAUAAGAGUAAACUGUGUCCCAAAUGCCCAUUAAUUGAUGAUCUUAAAAAAGAAGAAUAUUAUAUUUUACCUACUUUCGAUGGAGCAUCCAAGAAAAGGAAGAGAAAAGAUGAUUUGCGUAAAUUUAGGAAUACAAAAGUACAAACUAUAAUUCGUGAGCUGUCCAUCUGCCUAGCUAAAGAAGUAUCAAUUGGUACCCCUUCCGAAGGUUCUGACAUGAAAAAAGUUUUGAAUCAAUUUCAUAAAUUAUAUUAUGAGAUUAAUGAUGCAAAAAAAAUAGGAAUCAGACUAAUAGAGAUUUAG